AAUUGACUAGCUAGAUUGGCACUAGAACAUAAGUGGGUCACACGGGCUAUGCUAGGUAACAACAUUUGUACCUGCUGAAGUGCGAGUUUGGACAGACACCGAUUUCCUCAAACAUGCUUUGUUCUGUUUGCCAAACAAUCGAUAUUCGAAACGUACUUCUCUCGUCAAUAGAAUGCAAGACAAAGGUUGGAGAUGACGCCAUGGAUAUUCUUCACGAAGAGCUGCCCGACACCGCGAAAUACCACAAUGAUGUUUUUGCAGUCCAAGCCGCUGCAGAAAGCGGGUGUCAGUUAUGUAUCAUCAUCUGGGAUGAGAUUAGAAAGAAAUGGAAACAACGGCAAACACAUACCAGUGACGAGGAGUUCGCCUGCAUUUAUCGCGGGCAACUAUUCAUUGGUACUGACACUUGGCACGAGAAAGCCAUAAACGGAGGAUACUACCCUAGUUUAAUGGUUCAAGUGAUACCUUGUGUCAACGAACAUGGCAAUCGAGAAGCAAGGAAGCGAUUUAUCUGUAGCCUAGAUGUGUAUGCAAGAAGAGAUGAAGUGCCUAUCGAUAGGAAGGAUGUUCUAGCUCUAGUGACUAGAGAUAGUUUCGAGAACCCCUUAUCUACAGCCUGUCUGUCUCUCGCUGCGGAAUGGCUCAACACCUGUUGCAGCAGUCAUGCUGACUGUGCCUUGGAACACAAAAGGUCAUCAUAUCUGCCCAAACGGGUAAUAGAUGUCGGCACAGACACAAUUCGUCCUUUCUUAUACGUUCCCAGUGAGCGAAUUGUCGGCUCAUGGGUAGCAUUAAGCUACUGCUGGGGAGGCGCAUCAAGCUUCACCUUGACACAGAGCCGCUUGACCGAAUUCCAGUGUGGAUUUCCAUUGGAAGAUUUUCCGAACACCAUACGCGAUGCGAUCAUAGUAACGCGCGCACUUGGACAGCGGUAUCUUUGGGUAGAUGCACUAUGCAUUCUCCAACACGAUGAGUCGGACAUAGACCAGACUUCGAAGGUCGACUGGACCACGGAAGCUCCGAAAAUGGCACGAAUCUACCGCGAUGCUAUUGUCACAAUUGAAGCCAGAGCCUCUCCUGCCGUAACAUCCGGAAUCUUGCACAAACGAGUCGUUCCAGCUUCGGCCACAUUGCCUUGGAAGAUCCCCCAGAUUCCUCUAUUAGAUCAAGCUGAAGUUUGCCAUCAUCAAGAACUGCCUAACAUCCAGAUCCAAGUCUGCAGCGCACGAAAUCCUUGGGAUCAUAUCGUUGACAAAGAUUCUCAUUGGGAGACUCGAGGCUGGACAUUACAGGAAAACCUCCUCUCUUCGCGAACCUUGUCCUUCACUUCAACGCAGAUGAUCUGGCAAUGCAGAAGCAUGUGGACCGUAGAAUCUGGAAGUACCCGCGUCGGCACGGAGUGGGGUGGCACGUUCACGCAAUCCAGAUGGCUCGACUCACUGCGCGACUCGGCGCCGGAUGACAUGAAUCGAGCAAACGGGACGACGUUGUAUGACUGGUGGCACAUCAUUGUGCAAGUGUAUUCCAGGCGAAACCUUACUUAUAUAACAGAUAAACUCCCCGCCAUUGCAGGAUUCGCGAAACGAAUGCAUGACACCCUACCAGUGAGGGAUUGUUACUGCGCCGGUCUAUGGCGAGAGGAUCUCGUGACAGACCUCUUGUGGUUUGUCGAUCCACACGUCCGUUCUGGAUCCGACACUGAAGCCCCAUCGGUGUAUAUAGGACCGUCCUGGAGCUGGGUUAGUGUCGUCGGAUAUAUCCGCUUCAAGGCUUCAACGAAAGGGAGAAAUGCACAGGCCAUAGAGCUGGCCACUAUCAAGAAAGUGCACAUCAUUCCAGAUCACUCCGGCGACAUCUAUGGACGUAUACAGUCAGCCAGACUGGAGAUGACUGCUCCCUACUUCCGUCUACGUACUCUCCGUAAAACAGGAAAUCACGGGAACUUUCAACGAUUCAUCAACUACAUCUUUGGGCACCCGCGCUCGAGGUUUGCCUACGAAUACCGGCAACAGCAUAAACCGUAUCUUGGUCAGCACUUCGCAGUGCUGCAGCUUGUGAAGUAUCAGAGGGAUGUGCCAUUUAGAGAUGAUAGGAUGAAGCCCGCGAUAGAGCUUCUGUUCCUAGAGUCUGAUUCUAGAGGCGCGAACUUGUAUCGUCGAGUAGGACAAGUAUCCUUACGUGAGGCUGAAUCCACGGAGGACGCGAAGAAACAAGAUGGUAUUGACGGGGUAAAUAAGGAAGCUCCCGACGAUUCCUUGAGAAUAGUGGGCAUCAUCGAGCAUAGAGCGUUUCAGAAAGUUCGGGACCAGAAGUGGAAAGUGAGGACUGUUUGUAUAAUUUGAUGGAUUCCUACUUUCACGACUUCAUGGCAAAGGCAAGAUCAGAUAACGAACGUGAAGCUAUAUAUUUACCCUUUCUCACUUGAGUCUCUCCAUGUUCCUCUAUGUGAC